AUUGUGCCAGGGUGCGUUGAAUUUGUUGAAGAGGUUAGCUGCCGAUUCUGAAAGCGGUGCUAGUUGUAACUUAAAAGCUUGAUGAACGCGUGAAAGCAGGCGCGAAGGCUGUUCGACUUGCUCAUGCGAAAGCCAAAACGGCUGCUAUUUGCCGAGUUUGGUUUCUGAUCUCGUGUCUUGCCCAUCACUCGUCGCUGGCCCUCAAAAGCGUUCAUUCAUUACACCGCAUACCUCAGCAGCGGGAAUAACAAGGGCGAACUCCAGCUGAUUUCAUUCUGCGCCCCAUUCGCACAAUUGGGAUCGGAAUAAUGAUUGCCAUCUAUGUCUUGGUGACGGUUACCGUGGGCCUCUUCUGGCUCUUCUCAAACCGGUCUGACGGAAAAGAAGGUGGCCCCAGCAAUCCUCCGCCAACCUUGAAAGACUCGAGUCCUUCGAAAAGCCCGAAGGGCAACAAGCCAAAUCCCGACUCGAAGAAGGGCGGGGUAUCGGGAGUGGUGGAGAAUGCUGCCGCUACCACCACGAAGAAGAGGAAAAACAAAAAGGGAAAGAGCAAACAACAGGCGAAAGCUCACGUAGCACCUAUCGCAGGCGAGAAGGUGUCACCAGCCAACUCUGAGGCUGAGAUCGUGCCUUCGGCCGCGUCUGCGCGAGCAUCGCCGGCACCUUCACCUGCACCAGCGGCCCCUUGGAAGCCAGAUAUGGAUACGGACGAUGAAGACGACGGGGUCAUGCAGCGCGUGUUACGAGUCAAGCCUGACGAGCUUGCGUCGGCAAUGGUAGUGGAAGACGGAUGGCAGAUCGUGGAUGCGCCAAAAAAACCGACCAAGCCACGGACCAUGACGAUUGUCGGUUCUUCAUCGUCAGUAUCGUCAUAUGAACCCGCUCCUCUGAAUGCUUCAGAUCCUACGUUGACGAAGAAGCAAAAAGAGAAUUUACGGAAGGCAGAAAGAGUCAAAGCUGCGAAGUUAGCGCAGAUCGAUGAACAAAAAGCACGGCUCCUCGCCUAUCGAAAAGAGCAAGAAAAGUCGUGGGUGGCGAAAGAGAUAGAGCGAGACAAGCAGAAACUUCGGGAGAGGACGCUGGCAAAAGGCCAGCAGCAGCAGCAGCAGCAGCAGCAACACAGUCGGGAUCCGUCAGGAAGUGAGGGUCUCGGUAACGGUAUAUGGAGUUGAAGCGACCAUGAUGGGUUGCGAGGAAAAAUGAUCUGGGUCAAAUCGCACGUUGU